CUCCCAUCCUCACAAUCCGGCAGUCCUCUUUAAAAUCGACGGUUUGAUUCCCCGUCAAAACGUUGUGGCUAAUCUUUUUGCAACACUUUCAUUCGAUCAAAGCAUCUCAGUGGGCUACAGUUCUGGCUGCUCUCCAGCUACCAGUAUCUUCCUGCGGACUUUUGAACGCGUCUCUCGUCUGCAAGCAGCUCUUGACCCAAUCGUCGCUUAUCGGGAAGGAUGAAACUCCAGUAGUCUGGGAUUCACAUUACGCCGAUUGACAGAUGCGGGGCUUAUCGUGGCCAGCUUAACUCAAUGCUUGUAUGAAACAUUCGUGCCAACUAGCCGUCUCAAUUACGAAGACGAGUACCACUCCGUGCUGUAGAGAAACCUGCUAUGUAGAAGCUCACAAGACCAGUCGGGCGCCAUUCAACUCCGUCCGCCAGCGAAGACUUGAAGGUCGACAACUGACUGACACCUUAUAUGAACGCCCGUGAAAAUGGCUAGCGCAGUACGCCGCUGCUAUGUAGAAGCUCACAAGGGUACUGCAGCACCCCCGGCUACUAGGCCUGGCCCACGGACUUCAUCACUUCAUUUCUGGGGUUCGACUGGAAGCAUAAAAGGUGGGGGUAUCAUGGUCCGUCAACUCACAUCGCCAGCAUUCUGCCGGCAGAGUCAAAGUAACCAAAGAGACAAUAAAGACAGCCUCAACGGCCCCCAGCAGAGUGUGAACAUGGGAGACAGGAAUCCAAUCAUGAACAAGAUCGUCGAGUGGGGGAAUGCCAACGGAGAAAAGAUUGAGCAGGCCUACAGCUUCAACGGUGGAUGGGAAGGAUGGGUCCAAGUCGAGCUCGCCAUUGCAUUCAAACGAGCCUUUGAGGGGCCUGGUUCCACCGUCACCGUCACUCGCGAGGACCUCGUUUAUCAGGGUAAUAACCAGCGAUCGGAUAUCCUCUUCACUACGAGGAGAGGUGCCGAACGCUUCACCAAUAUGCUCGAGUUGAAGUGCGAAACUUCGAGAGCUGGUGGAGCUGCUGCGUUCGCCGCUGCAGUCCAAGCAGAUUGUGCCAAGGUCAACAAUGGGUUGAUCAAUAACCAAUUCACUCCUUGCAAGGCGUGGGUCAUCGCCUUCAGUGUGACGAGAAAUCUGACGAAUCUGACGGUGGGAGUGGAUCAAAAUAAUCAGCCUAGGCAUUUGAGGGCGUAUCCGGAUACGAUCCGUGCAGGCGGGAGGACCAUCACGUUGUAUUAUGGGUGGAGGGAUUUCGCUUGAAAGAUUCGAAGAUGCUGGGGAUCUUGUAGGGGUCUUGUAGGCGGUAAAUAUGCAAUUACAGCAGUUAAGUAUAUACCGGUCCAUAUCCUCGUCUUGCUGCAAGGACAUGUAAGAGUCAGACGAGGUGAUGAAACUCACCAUCCUCUGUCCUAUCGAAUUCUGUCAUCGGGCC